UAUUUUGUAUCAUGGCGUAGUCACAAAUUUAAGUAAUAGGAACUAAAUUUGUUAGUUUUAAAGUAAUAAUCAGCUACAUAUUGUGAAACCAAUAUCGUUUAGUGUACACCAUUAUAAAAGUGCAGUAAUAUGAUGUUAACUGUUUUUAACAUUUACAAACAUAUCCCACUUCUAACGAUACUUUCAUGUGUAGUCGCACUGCAACAAGAAAACGAAACAGUGGAAAAUAUUUGUCCGUUAGUAAGUGAUGUAGUGUCAUCUGCAUUGAAAGAGUCAAAAGAGUUAUUCAGCAGCGAUUUCUGGAAAAAUGAUGACUGGGAGAUAAAAGAAUCAAACAACUUGUUAAGUAGGCCUGAUUUUGAAGACACUUUUAAAGAAUUCGUUAUAAAGAAACAGAAGGAAAUAAUUGUGAACUUCGAGAAGUCUUACAGUUUUUCGGUAAAGGGAACAACCGAUAUUGAGUUUUUUGUAUCCUCAGAAUCAGGCCAAUUUUACUACCCACAUCAAAUAAACGAUGAAAAGAUUUGGACUACUUUUACUGUUAGUGUAAAGGAUGGAAAAUUGUUCUUUUAUGAAAAUUAUACCACAUUAAUACAACAGGUCACUACUGUUCCAAAGACGUUAACCAUAGGAACUCCGGAACCAGCAAACUUUAAAAUAUACGAUUAUGAGUAUAAAGAAGCCACCAGCGACACUAAAGAACAGACAUAUACAAACAAUUUGCAAUUUCCAGGUUCCCAGGAGGUUUAUUUAAUUCUCUCUGUCUCUUUGUGUGACACUUGCGUCCUGAUUGCAACAUAUAAUAAUACCAAUUGUUUUAUGUAUUCAUCUAAUGACCACAAUACUGAACGCUGGGCAAGUUACAAAAUCAAAAUAAAUCCUAAUAUUUACAAAGAAGCAAUUCUGACUCGACGUAAGCAUAACUCAAAUAACACGGGAUACUGGAAAUUACACUUAGGACUAACAAAUCAUUCAGUUGAACCAGUGGAAAAGCCUAUUUGUCCGUUAGUAAGUCAUGUAGUGUCAUCUCCAUUGAAAGAGUCAAAAGAUUUAUUCAGCAGCGAUUUCUGGGAAAAUGAUGACUGGGAUAUAAAAGGAUCAAACAACUUGUUAAGUAGGCCGGAUUUUGAAGAUACUUUUAAAGAAUUCGUUAUAAAGAAACGGAAGGAAAUAUUUGUGAACUUCGAGAAGUCUUACAGUUUUUCGGUAAACGGAACAACCGAUAUUGAGUUUUUUGUAUCCGCAGAAUCAGGCCAAUUUUAUUACCCAUAUCAAAUAAACGAUAAAAAGAUUUGGACUACUUUUACUGUUAGUGUAAAGGAUGGAAUGUUGUUCAUUUAUGAAAAUUAUACAACAUUAAUACAACAGGUCACUAAUGUUCCAAAGACGUUAACCAUAGGAACUCCGGUACCAGCAAACUUUAAAAUAUACGAUUAUGAGUAUAAAGAAGCCACCAGCGACACUAAAGAACAGACAUAUACAAACAAAUUGCAAAUUCCAGGUUCCGAGGAGGUUUAUUUAAUUCUCUCUGUCUCUUUGUGUGACAGUUGCAGUCUAUUGGCAAUAUAUAAUAAUACUAAUUGUUUUAUACAUUCAUCUAAUGAGAACAAUAAUGAACGAUGGGAAAGAUAUAAAAUGAAAGUGAAUCCUAAGAUUCAGAAAGAAGUAACUCUGAGUCGAUUGCAGCGUUACCCAUACAACGAGGGAUACUGGAAAUUGCACUUAGUACUAAUAAAUCAUUCAAUUGAACCAGGUAAUUCAACUAGCUGGCCAUACACACCGUUAACAAGAACAAUAAUUAUAAUUAUUACAGCAAUCAUAAUUGCAAGUAAAUAAUAACCAUAAUUUGUAGUUUAUGUUACAAAAAGCUCUAUUAAAUCUUUUAUAAAAUUUGUAUUUCCAUCACAGUAUAGUAUUGUUUUCCAAAAUAUAGUGUUUUGUACUUUUUCAUUGUAUGUACUCGCGAUAAUAAAGUCCAAUAACUAUACUA